AUCCCCAUUAAUACAUUCCCUCUCCACCAAUCACAAUCACAAAAACAUCAAAGGAGAAAACAACAAAAACCAAUCCCCAAAAAUGGCCUUAGAAUCCUUUUCCAUCCCCUGUUUCCUCUUCCUCUGCUUCUCCCUCCUCUUCUCCUCCUCUGCUCUCGACACCUCCAUCAUCACCUACGACCAAACCCACCUCAAGACGCCGCGGUUUCCCCUAACCGACCUCGAGUUAGCUUCUCUUUACGAGAACUGGCUCGUCGGUCACGGGAAAACGUACAAUGCCGCGGGGGAGAAGGAGAGGCGGUUCGAGAUAUUUAAAGAUAAUCUCCGGUUUAUUGAAGAGCAUAAUUCCGUGAACCGGAGUUACAACGUUGGAUUGAACCGGUUUGCUGAUCUGACCAAUGAAGAGUACCGAUCGAUGUUUUUGAGCGGGACGAUGAAGAGGGUGAAGUUGAACCGGAUGCCGGGUCGGAACAAUAGCAACCGGUAUGUGGUUCGGGUCGGGGAGACAUUGCCGAAGCGGGUGGAUUGGAGGGAGAGGGGGGCUGUUAAUUCCGUUAAGGAUCAAGGCCAGUGUGGGAGUUGCUGGGCUUUCUCCACUAUUGCUGCAGUGGAAGGCAUAAACCAGAUUGUAACAGGAAAUCUGGUCUCGUUGUCGGAGCAGGAGCUGGUGGAUUGCGAUAGAUCGUGGAAUAACGGGUGCAAUGGAGGUAAUGUGGACUACGGCUUUCGGUUCAUCAUCAACAAUGGUGGCAUCAACGCCGAGAAAGAUUAUCCUUACCGUGCCAUUGAUGGCACAUGUGACCAGAACCGGAGAAACAGGAGAGUUGUUAGCAUUGACGGAUACGAAGAUGUACCAGCGAAUGACGAGAAUUCACUGAGGAAGGCCGUGGCCAACCAACCCGUUAGUGUUUCCAUCGAAUCCUCCGGAAGGGAUUUCCAGCUUUACGAAUCGGGUGUAUUCACCGGAUCCUGCGGGACAAGUCUUGACCAUGGAGUCGUCGUAGUUGGGUACGGUUCGGAAAACGGCAUCGACUAUUGGAUUGUAAGAAACUCGUGGGGUCCUAAUUGGGGAGAGAAAGGAUACAUCAGGAUGCAACGCAACAUAAAUACUCCUAGCGGUAAGUGUGGGAUCACACUAACGGCAUCAUACCCGACCAAGACCAGUGUGAAACCUAGUCCGCCUCCGGUUAAGCCCUCCACGGCUUGCGACCACUACUCCAGUUGCCCCAAGGGCACCACAUGUUGCUGUCUCUCUGGAAAUAGUGGUGCUUGUAAGAGUUGGGGAUGUUGUCCCUUUGAAUCUGCUAUCUGCUGCAAGGAUUCAACCUGUUGCCCCCAUGACUAUCCAAUUUGCAAUGGCAGCACCUGCCUAAUGCGGAAGGAAAUCCCGUUCGGAAUAAAAGCGUUGGAACGAGGUCCUGUUACGGCAAACUGGGGUCACAGGCAGUCGGGAACGAUCAUCGGUAACGCUUGAGAAGCAGCGUUGCGUUGAUCUCUGUGGGGAGGGAGGGAGGGAAAAUUAAGAUUUUUUAUCAUUGAAUAAGUGGCUCAUGCUCUGAUUAUCAGGCCAGAAGAAGCAGGAGAAAGUUGUAGGGAACAAAUGUUUUUGUUGCUUGAGAAGCUAUCUGGGCAGUGUAAGAAUGUUGUAAUUUUGCUUAUUUUUUCUUUCCCAAAUGCUGAGCUUUGUAAACAACUAGCGGAUGUUCGUGUCUAAAAGCGCAUUGGAAAUGUGACAUAGUUUCAGCUUAA